CAAGCAUAAAAAUAAAUAUCCUCAAGUCACAAGCUAGACGCGCUUCUUCUCCAAAGCUCAAUACAAAUUUACCUUUUUUUUUCAUAAUAUCUAACAAAACUAUAAUGGUCAAGCCUAUUUCUAUUGUCUGCCUCCCCGGUGAUGGUGUCGGUCCUGAAGUUGUCGGUGAAGCCGUCAAGGUGCUCAAGGCUAUUGCUACUCACAGAUCUGCAGCCCUUGGUGUCGAUUUUAAGUUCUCUGAGGAACUAAUUGGCCUUGCUGCUCUUGAGAAGACUGGUGAACCUCUUCCCGACUCUGCCCUUGAAGCCUGUAGAGCUGCAGAUGCUAUCUUGCUGGGUGCUGUAGGUGGUCUCCCAGGUGCUCACAUUGGCAGUGGCCCUCGUCCUGAGCAGGGUUUACUCAAAUUGCGCAAAUCGCUUGACUUGUAUGCCAACCUUCGUCCUGUCACAUUCGCCUCUGAAUCUCUCACCAGUCUUUCACCCCUCAAGGAUCACGUUGUCAAAGGAACCGAGUUUGUGUUUGUUAGAGAGUUGGUUGGUGGUAUUUACUUUGGCGAUCGCAAGGAAGCUGGAGAAGAUGGCAAAGCUUAUGAUACUCUUCCCUAUUCUGCCGAGGAAAUUGAGCGUGUGACACGCCUUGCUGCUCUGUUGGCAUUGAAGCAGAACCCUAUUGGCAAAAUUCACUCUAUUGACAAGGCCAACGUAUUGGCAACCUCUCGUUUGUGGCGUAAGACUGUCACCCGAGUUUUGGAGACAGAGUUCCCUCAAAUUCAAUUUGAGCAUCAUCUUGUUGACUCAGCUGCAAUGGCAAUGGUACAAAACCCCAAACGUCUUAACGGUGUUGUCUUGACCGAAAACAUGUUUGGCGAUAUCCUGUCCGACGAGGCUUCUGUCAUCGUUGGUUCCCUUGGUUUGUUGCCCUCGGCUUCGUUGAAUGGUCUCCCCGAUGGUAAGCAAAAGUGUGUUGGUCUGUACGAACCUAUCCACGGAUCUGCUCCCGAUAUUGCUGGCCAGAACAUUGCCAACCCUAUCGCUACCAUCCUCAGUGUCGCUCUCUUGCUGCGUUAUUCUCUUGGUUACGAAAAGGAAGCUGUUGCAGUUGAGAAGGCUGUCCGUGAUGUUCUUGACGGUGGUUUGCGCACUCGUGAUUUGGGUGGCAACCAGUCUACAACCGAAGUCGGUGACAAGAUUGUUCAGGCUCUUAUUCCUAUCCUCAAGACACUUUAAAUAGCCAACUGUCAAAAAAGAGGAGUAUUUCUUUUAUGUGUAUAUAUAAAUGUGUGUUUUAAAUAAAAUCAAGAGAAAUAAAAAAAAGAAACAAUAAUCAACAAAAAAAACUA